AGAAGUUAAAAAUUCGUCUUUUGUAGAGAGAGUUUUCCAAUCGUUCGUAGACUUCGCUUUUUCACCCUCAGUCGCCGGCGACAACAGAGAUGCAGCUUCUCCCCGGAGUAUGGAAUCCCGCUACGGCGGUGACGGUAACGUUAGCUGCGGCGGCGAUCAUUUUCAUCUCGUCAAUGCCGUUGGCUUGGUCAAAGGAGCAACUCAGCUCGAGGGAAUGUGAGGAUCUAGGUUUCACCGGCCUUGCUCUCUGUUCCGAUUGUCACACUUUAGCUGAAUAUAUCAAAGAUCAAGAAUUAGUGGCGGACUGUUUGAAGUGUUGUGCAGAGGAUUCUGAUGACGCCACGAGUAAGAUAACUUAUUCUGGUGCCGUGCUGGAGGUCUGCAUGAGGAAGCUAGUCUUCUAUCCUGAAAUUGUUGGCUUCAUCGAAGAGGAUAAGGAUCAAUUCCCUUCAGUUAAGGUUCAAUAUACCUUCAACUCUCCACCGAAGCUGAUUUUGCUGGAUGAUGAGGGCCAGCAUAAAGAAAGCAUCAGGAUUGAUAAUUGGAAACGAGAACAUUUUUUGCAGUUCCUGCAAGAGAAGGUUAAGCGAUCUUCCGCAAUUUAAGGUUCUUUCACCUUUUUUUUUUUAAUAUAAAUUUUAAAUUACAACUCUUAAUCAAUGUAAAAAACUUCUUAGAAUUUGAAUGAAACUAUUAUCGGCCAUAAAAAGAAAAAAGAAAGAAAAAAAAAUUGAGGUGAGUGAACACUGGAUUUUGUGAAUUUCAAGGUUAGUAGUGGAAAUAUAAUUGAUUUCCUUGUCUAAA